AUGCUGCGCAGCGCUCGUCUCGCGUCGUCUUUGCCCGUGCGCGCCACGUUUGGCACGCGCGCUAUCUCAACGGCAAAGCUGCCGUCGCUGCCGUACGACUUUGGCGCACUGGAGCCGUCGAUCGCCGGCCAAAUCAUGGAGAUCCACCACCAGAAGCACCACCAGACGUACGUGACCAAUUUUAAUGCAGCGCUCGAGCAACACGCCGAAGCCGAAGCCCGCGGCGACUACUCGAAGAUGCUGACGCUGCAGCCAGCGCUGAAGUUCAACGGAGGCGGUCACGUGAACCACUCGAUUUUCUGGACGAACCUGUCGCCUGCGCGUGAACACGGGGGCGGCGAGCCCGAAGGAGAGCUGCGCAAGGCCAUUGACCUCGAGUUUGGCAGCUUGGAGGCGUUCAAGAAGGUCAUGGCGGCCAAGUCGGCUGCCGUGCAAGGAUCGGGCUGGGGCUGGCUGGGCUUCUCGCCCGAGUCGAAGCGCGUGGGCGUCGUGACGACGUCGAAUCAGGACAUUUGUGCGACCACGGGCUACGUGCCGCUGCUGGGCAUUGACGUGUGGGAGCACGCGUACUAUUUGCAGUACAAGAAUGUGCGUCCCGACUAUCUCAAGGCCAUUUGGGACGUGGUCAACUGGAAGAACGUGGAGGAGCGGUACCUUGCGGCCAAGUCGACGUAG